CUAGGGCUUACUCUCUCUCUCUCCCGUGGGUACCGUCUGCAAUUGCCUAUCGCACAGAACCAGAAGGGGGUAGAGAUGGCGCCGUCGAUGGAUCCAGAAACCAUAGAUCGGAUUAGAGCGGAGGGCAAGCUGUUCAUGGAGGACUACUACCGGAAGUUUGACGCGAACAGGGCGGACUUGGUGAACCUGUUCCGGGAAGAGUCGAUGCUGAACAUCGAGGACCGGGAGAUAAUCACGGGCAAGGAGGCUAUCGUCGCCAAGCUCACCUCCGUUCAGUGCCCGUACCAUAUCAGCAAUUUGGUCUGCGCUACCGACAUCUCCGCCCGCGGCGCGGCCGCCCAGGUCACCGGCUUCAUAUGGCUAGACGGCAAGCAGGAGGCCGUCCAUUUCUGCCAGUCCUUCUAUUUGUCCCCAACACCACAAGGAAGCUUUUGGAUAUCGCAACAUAAUUGGUCGACCCACGAUUUCAGACAGAAGGGGGAUCUUCUCUGCAAUCUCUUCACCGUCUAGACCGGGAGUUUCGGUCUCUGUUUUUUCUUUUUUUCAAUAAAACUUGCUGGGUACCGUUUGAAACAGCUUUCUAUAUGGUUUGGUAAGUUCGAACCGGGCUUUGUCUAGGUGGUGUUCAUGUUCGAAUUCAAACUUAGUCUAAGUGGUGUUCAUGUUCGAAUUCGUGUC